CCCCCCCCCCCCCCCCUUGCUGGGUUUCAUCCGGUCGCAAACGACCUGUCCGACCGAUCGGCAGCGACACGCAUUCCCUCGUUGAGCGCUUCGCUCUACUUCACUUUCUUCUCUCCUCUCCACAUUUAGAUCGGUCGCAGUUCGCAUACACUGGUGUAUGGUCUUUCAGCGGAGCAUAUAAUCAAUCCUUGAUUCGUUCGUGCGCACUCUUCUCUCGUCUAACAAACCCUGGCGCAUUUGUCGCAACGCAAGUCGCAAACCACAAGGACUUGCGACCACAACUCGCAUGGCAUGUUUCGGCUGCUACCCUGGUCCUCUGCAAUUGGGGGAAACAAGGUGAUGGCGGAGGAGCUGAAAAUGCUUGCGACUCCGCCAUGCCCUGCGCCUAGCGUCAGCGCCAUCCCUCUGCCUCAGUUGAAGCGCAAGCGCUCAGAUUCCACGGAUAUGACGCCUGAUCAGGAUGCUCCGGUCGCGACCAAGCUGCGCGCAGAGAACGCACCGUGCGGCUCUAUCGCCGUCAAGCAGGAUAUCUCGUCAGCCGCCACCAACACGGAUACUGUGUCAUUCGAAGCGCCCAACAGUCUUCCGAUAAAUUCGCCGCCCGAGACGUCGCAGUCGUCGCCGCCCCCUCUCCCAAGUCAGGGCGCAUCUGAACCUCCUGCGGUGACCAAGAACACCGGCUCACAGAUGGUGGAUGUGGACACGCUGCGUGAAACGCUUGAAGCCCAACUGAGCUUGGAGGUGUUGUUAAAGCACAACGAGCUUCGGUUGAUCGACCAGGAAAUCGCAAAGUGUCAGGUCGCGUUGGAGCAACUGCGCCGAUGCGCAGAGAUCCCUUACCCGGGUUCGAAUGUGGCGGGCUAUUCGCCAGCGGUCAGCAGCGGAACGGGCAUGGCAGUGUGGGCUCCUGAAAAUGGGCCUGCGCCAUUGUCUCCAGCACCCUGGGGUGUCACUGACGGCCCGUACACUCGCCAUUUUGCAAGAUGGCUAAUCCCAGAUCCUCGUUUUGAUGGCGGUGAGCCUGAACCUGCUACGCCUCUGACUGGCGGCCAUGCUAGUCCAUGGACUGAAGGACGCUCGACUCGUGGAAGCUGUGGGGAUCUGGGGUACGUUGCGAGUAAGACGCGACCGCAACGAGGCACAGGUGGGAGACUGCAGUCUCUACCCAACGGCUAUCCGCAACCAAAGGACAAGACUGGGCCAAUGCUCAUCCGACGAAAAUCGGAUAAUCUACUCGUCAAGCUGGUGUGUCUGGAUUGUCGCCGGGACAAUUUCUCUAGCACGCAGGGAUUCAUCAAUCAUUGCCGUAUCGCGCACAGCCGAAACUAUGCAAGCCAUGAAGCGGCGGCAGUUGAGUCGGGCGAACCUGUGGAAGUGGACGAGGCUGGCGCAGUAAUAGGUGGCAAAAUCGAAACUUCCAGCCCGGCCACAGCUGGUUUCAUUCAUCCGUUGAUUCGGUCGGCGCAUGUCAUUGAGCCGCUUCCCAAGACGCCUACACCUGUAUCCGACGCCACUGUGACUCCUCGGAAACGAUUGAGCCCUGUUCGACAGACUACCUCCGGAGUGGAGACGCCUCGAGCAUCUAGCGCUGACCAAAAUACAACGCCCGCUACGGAAGGCAACGGUCCAUUCAUGUCUUCCCCCGCGACUCCUCAUUUGUCGAAUCUGAUGAAGCUUCGGGGCGUUGCGGUUGACCUAGAUCAACUGGUCGGAGAUGCCAAGACUGUGGUAGACUUGAAUGACUAUUCCGAUGAUGACGAUGGCGAGUCAGACGCCGGGUCCGUGCAACCUUCGGCUGAGAUGAGUCAGGAUCAGACACCGCUGGGAGCCCGUGCGGGCAGGCAACCGAUGCGCACGACAGCCUCGCAGGCGACAAGCCGGCGCCCCGGUAGCCGAAAGGGACUGGAUUCCCUGGAUCACAGGCCUCCACCCCUGCAAACCUCAACACCCACCCGGCCUACUGAUUACCAGUCGCCGUAUCCUUCCAUGUCUUGUCUUCCCCAGGGCUCGCAGAGUGGAGCUCUGCGAGAACUGGAAGGGACAGAACAAGCCUCGAAUCUCAGUCCGAACACAGCCGAGUCAAAUCAAGCCCCGAGUCUCGUGAGUGAUGACGAUGAUUACGGGGAUGUAUCGGAUUCGGAUCCGGGGCCUACUUCGUCUGAAGCAGGCGAUCAUGACGAAGACCUGGGCCAUAUUGAUGUCGAAGAUGGCGACGAGAAUAGCGCGCGGUCGGCUGCUGCGACUCCGGCGAAGUCAGAUAUAGGGAUGGCAAGCACGGGGACACCCCGGGCACCACCAUUAUCGAAGUCGCUGCGGCGUGGCAGUAUCAAAAAGAAAGACCGACUUAUGGCGCCAUCAGUGGUUCCAUCACGCGGCAAGGAAGAGAAGCGGGUGAGCUUUGUUAACCCCGACUCGAAACCUGCCAAGGGUGAUCCAAAGGAGAGUCCGGAUGAUACACGAUAGAACUUCGCUUCAUUUCGGGGCUAGACCCUCUGCCUUUUGUAAUUCUGCUGUUAUAUUUCUCCUCUUAACCUUUCAUGUAUCAGACUUCGGUUCAGUGGAUAAAUUGUGUGAAUGAAGAAAUUACGGGAUGGAUUUUGGACAAUUUUGUGCAGAAGUGCAGUGAGAUGUUGAUGGGAGACGGACUCUUACAGCUUAUGAUUAGACAACGAAGCCAUCAAUAUGCAAUACUCAAC